AUGCGUGCCACCUUCUCUCUCUGCAGUGCUGCCCGCACCCCUCUGAUUCGCUUCAUCGGCAAGCGCUCUGUCCCUAAGUCCGUCGACCACACUCCUCGCGUCCACCCCGCCUCUCCUGUCGGAGCUCUUCCCGACUCCUUCGCCGCCUACCGCGCUAAGGCUCAACAGCACGGUCCUCUCGGUCGCUCUUCCUUCAACAGCGGCAUUGGUGGCCAGUCCGGCCACGCCCUGGGCCCCAUCCGCCCCCAGAGCGGCCAGUUCUUCGACCGCGCCGAGCUGCCUGCCCGUUUCGGCCGUCUGACCUUCAGCGAGGCUGAGAUGGAGGCCAUUGAGACUGGCGGUGCUAGCCAGUACGCGUAA